AUGACAAAUACACCGAACAUUAGAAGAAUAACGUUAAACGACAUAAAUUUAGAAACAGUAAGCGAAUACAUCUACCUGGGACAGAUAAUGAAAGUUAACAAAGAAAAUCAAACUGCCGAAAUUACCAGGAGAAUAAGGUUAGCAUGGGCAGGAUUUGGAAAACUGAGUUGGAUCUUGAAAAGCACUAAAAUAAAACAAUAUUUGAAAACCAGAAUUUACGAUCAGUGUAUCCUCGCUAUACUCACGUAUGGCUCACAGACGGGAACACUCACCAAGUCUAACAUAGAUAAAAUAGUAAAAGCACAAAGAGCGAUGGAAAGAUCAAUGCUCGGGGUGAGACUUAUAGACAAAAAAACAAACAAAUGGAUUAGAAGCAAAACGAAAGUAAAGGACGCAGGAGAACAUGCUGCCAAAUUAAAAUGGAGCUGAAGGAACAAUGGAGACAUUAGGAAAGAGAAGCAGAGGAAGACCACAAAUGAGAUGGGCGGAUGAUAUUAAGAAGAUCGUAGGACACAAUUG